AAUGCAGUGCCAGGGCCACGCAGUCCCGGAAGGGGCGGCCGCAUUCUGUCCACCUCUGAGACGGGGACGGGGGUGCCACGGUCAAAGACCCCCCCACACCGACACUGCCACUGAAGGCAGAGCGGGGCGUCCCAGCGGUGCCAGCCCGACUGUCCAGCCCCGGUAUCGGAUCCUCCCGGAGGGAGGGGGCCUGGAGCUUAUUUAACAUCCCUGGGCAGCCCAGCCCAGCACUUGGCGCAGCGGGGAGCUCAGCUGGAGUCAUGGCAUCGCAGCUUGAAGGGGCCAUGGAGACCCUCAUUAACGUCUUCCAUCACUACUCGGGUAAAGAGGGGGACAAGUACAAGCUGAGCAAGAAGGAGCUGAAGGAGCUGCUGCAGAGCGAGCUGGGCUGCUUCCUGGAGACCCAGAAGGACACGGGGGCUGUGGAGAAGAUCAUGCAGGACCUGGAUGAGAACGGCGACGGGGAGGUGGAUUUCCAGGAGUACGUGGUUCUGGUGGCCGCCCUCACCGUGGCCUGUAACACCUUCUUCUGGGAGAACGCCUGAGCCGAGCUCCAGCCCCACAGCCCCCAAUUAUGGCAACCCCAAAAGCAGAGCCCACCCCUACACACCCCUUGCUCACCCCUUGCUCACCCCAUACACCUGAGGGUCCCAAAGGGUCCCAGCUCCGCAUUAAAGGCAUUGACCCCA